AUGGAAUCAAAUCAAAAAUCCGGGGAUGGAUUGGCCGGCACCCAGAAAGAAGCUGCCCUCCGCACAUUAAUUCAGCGCACGGGAUAUAAUUUGAUUCAGGAAAAUGGUCAAAGAAAGUAUGGAGGGCCACCACCAGGUUGGGAUGGACCACUACCAGAAAGAGGCUGUGAGAUUUUCAUUGGAAAAUUACCCCGGGACCUCUUUGAAGAUGAACUUAUACCACUAUGUGAAAAAAUUGGUAAGAUCUAUGAAAUGCGAAUGAUGAUGGACUUCAAUGGAAAUAACAGAGGAUAUGCUUUCGUAACUUUUUCCAGCAAACAGGAGGCCAAGAAUGCCAUCAGGCAACUGAACAAUUAUGAAAUUAGGAAUGGACGGCUCCUAGGGGUUUGUGCCAGUGUAGACAACUGCCGUUUAUUUGUAGGAGGAAUCCCUAAAACCAAGAAGAGGGAAGAGAUUUUAGCAGAAAUGAAGAAAGUUACAGAUGGUGUGAUUGAUGUGAUCGUAUACCCUAGCGCAGCCGACAAAACAAAAAACCGUGGAUUUGCUUUUGUGGAAUACAGCAGUCACCGGGCAGCGGCUAUGGCGAGAAGAAAACUGCUCCCAGGAAGGAUACAAUUAUGGGGACACCCUAUUGCAGUAGAUUGGGCAGAGCCGGAGGUCGAGGUUGAUGAAGACACCAUGUCAUCAGUGAAAAUCCUCUAUGUGCGGAAUCUUAUGUUAUCGACCACCGAAGAGACCAUUGAAAAAGAAUUCAACAAUGUUAAGCCAGGAUCAGUUGAACGAGUAAAGAAAAUCAGAGACUAUGCAUUUGUGCACUUUAAUAACCGAGAACAUGCCAUUGAAGCCAUGAAAAUCUUGAAUGGGAAGGUGGUGGAUGGCUCUCCCAUUGAGGUUACGUUAGCCAAGCCAGUAGACAAAGACAGCUAUGUGCGAUACACCAGAGGUACAGGAGGACGAGGGGCAGUUUUGCCAGAAUACACCUAUACAUUUGGGCAUGUCUAUGAUCCUGCCACAGCCUAUCUGGGAGCCCCAGUGUUCUAUGCACCUCAAGCCUAUGCUGCUAUUCCCAGUCUCCAUUUUCCAGCUGCAAAAGCACACCUGAGCAACAGGGGCAUUAUCAGGCCUCCAUCGAUCAGAGAAAUUUACAUGAAUGUACCUGUAGGGGCUGCUGGAGUUAGAGGACUAGGAGGCCGUGGCUACUUGGCUAACCCUGCCCUGGGUCGUGGAUACCAACUCAAAGGAGAGAAGAGGGGAGAGGACAAACUCUAUGAUCUCUUGCCUGGAAUGGAGCUUACACCAAUGAAUCAUGUCAGUUUAAAACCACAAGGAAUUAAACUUGCUCCACAGAUAUUAGAAGAAAUCUGCCAGAAGAAUAACUGGGGACAGCCUGUCUACCAACUUCAUUCUGCCAUUGGCCAAGACCAAAGACAGCUCUUCUUAUAUAAGAUCACUAUUCCUGCUCUUGCCAGUCAAAAUCCUACUAUGCAUCCCUUCACGCCGCCCAAGCUAAGUGCUUAUGUAGACGAAGCCAAAACCUAUGCAGCAGAGUACACCCUUCAGACCUUGGGCAUCCCCAUGGAGGGAGCAGAGACUCCGACUGCUACAGCUCCUUUCCCAGGGUACACCAUUGCGAAUGCAGCAGCCACCGUGGCAGCCACUCAGCUCAAGCAAGCUGUGACUCUAGGACAAGAUCUGGCCACCUAUGCAGCGUACGAAGCAUAUCCUGCAUUUGCAGUAGCUACUCGCAGUGAUGCAUAUGGAGCUUUUUAG